AAUAAUAUCAUUUUAAUUGAAAGACACAAGUACGAAGGCUCUCUCUCUCUCUCUCUCUCUUCUCUUUAGAGAGAGGAUUCUCUCUCUUUCUGUCCCUGUUCUCAGAUUUCUACUUUUCACAGGGAGAAAGAGAGACUUGCCUUAUGUUUUUUGUUUUAAAAUAUUUUCUUCGAUCUAUAGAUCGAUUUCCUUGUUUUGCUUAGGCGAUUUUACUUCCGGUUAGCAGAAUAGUUUUCGUUUGGCGAUCAAUUUGGUUCGUUAGGCGACUUUUGAUGUGUUCUAAAGCUUUUCCUUCUUUGAUUUCAUUUGUAUUCCGUAAGAUCUCUGAAGAUUUUAUCUCACUUUGUUAGAAAGCUUUGUUCUUGAUUCUGGAUAGGAAUCAAUCUUCGCCUCAGCUCAAGUGGAGUUUCCCAAAAAAUCAAGACCAAAGAUGUGUAUAAGGUCGGACGUUUUGAAGCAGUUCCAGAUGAGGCGGAGCUUCCCGUUUAGGAAAGUGUUCCGGCAAGGUGUUGUGUUCGAUUCUCUCUGAAGCUUUUCUUGGAUAAAUCUCUAGUAAGUGAUGAAGAAUUCUUAGUGAAUCAAUGGCGAUUAGAAGAAGGAGCGGCGUGCAAGCACUACAAACGAGGCGAGAAGGGAGUUUGAUGGUUCCUCGUCCGGUGAUGAGCUCCGGCGGCGCAAGGCGAGGCCACGCAAGCACAACGUGUCGAACAUGCGGGAAUCCUAAUCUUCUGUGUUCGGGCUUCGUAAUGGACCGAAUGUAUUAAUCUUAGGUUUGUAUGCUUGUAAUCUUAGCCUGUUGGGCUUUAAUAAAAUGAAGUUGACAAAAAAAAAAAAAAAAAAAAUUGAAAGACACAAAGGGAGGCGUUUAGGACACUCGACAAAGUCGACAUGAGUUAAUACGUGUCUGAAAACUUUCCUAAAACGCACCGUUUAGCAUUUUUUUUUGUUCCUGCUCUCUCGUUACCAAAACAAAAUAUCCAAACAACAUAAAAACGGAGUAAAAAUAAAUUAAAAGAAAAAGAAAAAACGUUCAGUGUCUCCGGCCAGCUACACAGGAAGACAUUAGAAUCAAAUUAGGUAUACGACUGGUUGGAGAGAUAAGCCAUGGGAAGGAGAAAAGUGGAGAUCAAACGAAUUGAGAACAAAAGCAGUCGACAAGUCACUUUUUGUAAACGACGCAAUGGCCUCAUGAAGAAAGCUCGCCAGCUCUCAAUUCUCUGUGAAUCCUCCGUCGCUCUUCUCAUAGUUUCCUCCACCGGAAAACUCUAUAGCUCCUCCUCGGGCGAUAGCAUGGCUAAGAUCCUCACGCGUUAUAAAACACAACAUGCUGACGAACUUAAAACGGUGGAUCUAGCAGAAAAAACUCGGAAUUAUCUUUCACACGAGGAGUUACUGGAAAUAGUCCAAUGCAAGCUUGAAGAAGCAAAAAAUGAUAACAUGAGUAUAGAGUCCCUAAUUUCCCUGGAAGAGCAAUUCAAGAGUGCUCUGUCUUUAACUAGAGCUAGGAAGGCAGAGCUAAUGAUGGAGUUUCUGAAGACCCUUCAAGAAAAGGAGAAGCUGUUGAGGGAAGAGAACAAGGUUUUGGCUAGCCAGCUUACAAAGGUAAUAAUAUUUAGUAUCUCCAGAAAAAGAAGUGUAAGCGAGUUUCUUACAGAUGAAGAAGAGCAGGUUUCUGGAAGCAGAAGAUGAGAGAGCAAUGUCACUGGCAAAAAGUUUCGGUAACAACACACCGGAGACUCUCUCGCUUCUCAAGUAACAACCACCAUCAAUCAACGUACGACUGAUUUUUCACCAUCCUGUUUCAGAAAUAAAAAUGUAAAAUAUUCAGAUUUGUAAAUCAACAUGGAGGCUAUACAUAUCUUAAAAUCAUCUUCCCCCUGAUACGCUAUCCAAGGGAAAUGUAACGAUCUGUGUUGUUACCUUCAAAGCGAGGGUCACAGUUUCAUUUGUUAUCUGUGUGCUUGUCCGAAAGUAAGAACGAAACUAUAAAAGAUUUGAUUUCUUCAGCGUGAAGAAUUCUAGUGGCCAACUAUAUUUUUUUA